GAUCUUGGAUCUUGCUUCGAUCUUCCUCCCUCCAACAAUUUCCGUUUGAGAAAGACCGAGAAAGCGCCCACACACCAUCCAAGACAACCCCCUUCUCACCCAGUCUCUUUCCUAAUAGCAAACAAAGAAGUACCAACUCCCAAAACAAUAAUUAAUAAAUAAGCAAACAAGCAAGAUGGCUGACCACGAAGAAGAAUUGGACGAUGUAACGCCGGAGCAAGAGGCCGCUCAAUCGGAAGAUCAGGCCGAGUAUUUGAAGUCGCAAUCCUCCAUGAAUUACGCGGGAAUUAUUGCGUCGUCCAUUAUUCUGCUCGUGUCGCUCACGGCAGGAGGAAGCUUUGAGGGACAUCGUUACUAUGGAUACGGAAUCGCUGUGGCCAGUAUUGCCAUGAUUGUCAGUGUGGCUGGAUGGUUCCUGGCAACACGAGUAGCGGGUCAAGCCCAGAACGUCGUCUAUAUCAACUACUUUCUCUUUGCCUGGAACUUUAUUGGAGCCGCUUUUUUGACGUUUGGCGGACCCUUUGAUGUCACUGGAAAUGGCUACUUCGGUGCCUGGGGACUCGUCGUCUUCGCCACCAUGGCCCUGGGCGUCACAGCCGACACAUUGCACAGCACUGCCUCCACAUCGGGACCAACCGCCGGACUCUUUUGCGCCGCUGUCGUGCUUCUGGUGGCCAUUUCGGCUCAUGGAUUAAAAACCAGCAGGGAUUGGUUUGCGGAAUUACUCUACUCGCUCAUGGUAUCCAUCUUGACCAUUCUCAUUACUGGUGCGAUGCUACGUGGAAUCGAGAUUUUCCAUGACAUUACGUUCCCCAUCAUGUGUAUGUUUUCGGUCCUCUGGGUGACUGCCGCCAUUUUAUUGACAUUCCGUGGGCCUUUCUUGAGCACGGGAAAUGGUUACUUUGCCGGUUGGGGGGGCGCUCUCAUGUCAGUUUACGCCACUAUGGCGGCCAGACGGACGGCCGAGGCAUAAACAAAUUCAAGUUGGUGAUGAUGAUGUGUUUCCAUGCAAAAUAAUGUGUGUAUCCUGCAGCAGUGUUUUUGUGAAUUGUUGGACAAUGCAAAAGGUCUUGCCUGGAGCGGUGCAAUCCAAAAGACCACCCAUUCUGUGGUGCUCUCUAAAACGAAUACGACAAACAUCAUGUGGAAAUGGAAACUGCAGUAGCUAGGUAGAGAAACAACAACUAACGUCUCGGACACAACACGAUAUCUAUCUGUAUUCAAUCCUUCAAAACGAAACUGCCGCAUGAUAAUCCUCAUCUUGUGUGUUACGAAUGACACAAACAACAAGAUUCUUGGCUCCACCGUCGUCCCAAUGCAUUGCGUUGCCAGCUAUCACUUUGGGUUGCUCGUAUCUAUAGGAAAGCACCCCGAGUCAUCAUCGAUCUGGGUUACGUUCUCCAGGCCAGAGGGCAUAUGGCGACUGGUCGACGCAAGGAUCCAGAAGCCAAUCUAUCGUUUUAAGGGCAAGAACCGCCAAUGGGUCUCGUUGCAGAGGAACCAAAGUCGCCACCGCUACCAACAAUCUCCCCACCGUAGUAAACUUCAUAGGACCCGUCUCCAUAACUGCAACAAACACCAUCUCCACCAGCAUCUUCUAUAGUGAACACAUAAGCCUU